CAUUUUUCUAUGAUGAGAUGUCUGCUGGCAUGAUAAUUCUGGGUUUGGCUCUGUAGCAGUCUUGCUUGGUUUUGAUAUGUCUUAGGCUUUGCUGUAGUGUUUUUAGCAUCAUUGUCUUGGGUCGGGUUGUUUGCUCCAUUGAACUGGAGAUUAAUAUUGUCACUUCCAGAACAGGAUCGUUAUCUAGGAGUGAGUUAUAUUUGUUAGCUGAUCUUAGUUUUUCAUCCUCUACUGCUCUGCUGUAGGGGAAGGAGGGAAUGUUUACUGUUGUGAUUGAGGUGGUCCCAGAAGUUGAAUAUUCUUCUGUGCAUGGGCUAGGAGGAAGUUUGUACUGAUAAUUUGUGCCAGCUGGCAUAGUUGGUUGUUAGGACAAGACCCAGAUCUUUUCUCCUAUAUAGUAGGAUGAGUUUGAUUAAGUUCUCAAGUAACUGGAGUAGUGAUUUUAUUGCAAAAUUGUAAUUAUUUAAUGGCUUAUAAAUUCUUCAGAGGGUUUUUUUUUCAAAUGCUUUUAUAGCUGUUGAGAAGUCUCUAAAUACUUCUAUUUUGGAGGCCUGGGUAUAUAUAAUUCAGUGUAUCCUAUUUCUACAUUCAGAAUAUUGACUGGCUGUUUUUUGGAAAGUAUAUGGAGAGAGAUUGGGGUUGUUGGGUGUUUUUUAUUGUAGCAAUCUGCAGAUUAUCUCAUGUGAUGGCAGUAUAUUUCUAAAGCAUAUUGAUUAUUAUUUGGGUGAUAGUACGGUUAGAUCAUCCUUUAUAGAACCAUUGUUUUCCUACUGAGUGGGUUAGUGGAAAUCCCAGGUUUGCUGGCCGUUUCAGUAAGGUUGGUACAUUCCAUAAGAGUUGCCAUUAUAGUUCAGACAGAUAGUCCAUCUAGCCUAGUAUCCUGUCUCCAACAGUUGCCCAUAGCAGAGCUUCACGGGGAGUGUACGGAACAGGACAAUUAUGGAAUGAUCCGCUCCUGUCUUGCACCGACGGCUUCUUGCAGUUGGUCACUGGUAGGUAUCUGAUGUGCAGGGAGAAAGAGUAGGGCUAUAUGAUAACAUUUGUGUGCUUUAUCAAAGCAGUAAAGAAUUGUGAAUGCAGGUGUCAGGACAGUGUGUUGGAGGAAGGGGCAUCUGGAGGUGUGCCCAUAUCCCAGAGCACGACAGAGUCCUUAACUGCAAUUCUGCUCAAAUCUUCCUCUGUUUACAGUAAUGAGUUGCCCAUUGUUUUCCAUCGGUCUUUCAGUGGCAUCAUGAGCAGCUGCUGAUAAUGAUAACCAGUCUUGGACAUGUUGUCUCUUUAGGCGAGGCGUAGCAGAGACAGAAGAUACCUGCUUCUCCGUUCCAGGCCCCUCUAUCCUCCAGCAUGGCGGGUGGCAUUACCGACACAGGGGAGCUGUACUCUCCUUACGUCGGCCUGGUUUACAUGUUCAACCUUAUCGUUGGUACGGGAGCCCUAACCAUGCCGAAGGCCUUUGCCACCGCUGGCUGGCUCGUCAGCCUCAUUCUCAUAAUGUUCCUGGGCUUCAUGAGUUACAUGACUACAACAUUUGUGAUGGAAGCCAUGGCCGCUGCUAACGCCCGGCUGCGUUGGAAGAGAAUGGAAAAGCACAAGGAAGACGACGAUGAAGAUUCUUCCUCUGGGGUCUCUGAUAGUGAUGUUCUCCUCCCAGAUGGCUAUGCACAAUCAGAGACACGGCCUAUCCUGUCAGUUCAGAGACGUGGCUCACCCAGUAUCUUUGAAAUCACUGAGAGGGUGGAAAUGGGUCAGAUGGCCUCUAUGUUCUUCAGUAAAGUGGGGGUCAACUUGUUUUACUUCUGUAUAAUCAUCUACCUCUAUGGGGACCUAGCGAUCUACGCAGCUGCUGUGCCAGUCUCACUCAUGCAGGUGACCUGCGUAACUGGCAAUCACUCCUGCGAUGUUGAAGAUGUCACAAAGUAUAACGAUACAGACAAGUGCUGGGGGCCAAUCAGGCGGAUUGAUGCUUACAGACUCUAUCUGGCAGCAUUUACUCUACUACUGGGUCCUUUCACCUUUUUUAAUGUUCAGAAGACCAAGUAUCUGCAGAUCAUGACAUCCCUGAUGAGGUGGAUCGCUUUUGUCAUCAUGAUUAUUUUGGCCCUCAUCCGCAUCGGCAAGGGUGAAGGGGAAGGUCACCCGCCUCUGGCGCAGCUCUCAGGGAUCCCCAACCUCUUUGGGGUGUGUGUCUACUCCUUCAUGUGCCAGCACUCACUGCCGUCCCUCAUCACUCCAAUCUCCAAGAAGCAGCAUGUAAACAAGCUGGUGUUGCUGGAUUACAUCUUAAUACUGGGUUUCUACAGCCUCCUGUCCUUCACAGCCAUCUACUGCUUCCGCAAUGAGACCCUCAUGGACAUGUACACACUCAAUUUCACCAACCGUAACAUCACCAACAUCACCUUCAUUCGUUACUUCCUGGGCCUCUUUCCCGUUUUCACUAUCAGCACUAACUUCCCGAUCAUCGCUGUGACCCUGCGGAACAACUGGAAGACCCUCUUCCACCGGGAAGGUGGGACGUACCCAUGGGUGGUGGAUAGGAUUGUCUUUCCAGCAAUCACUCUGAUACCCCCUGUGCUGGUGGCUGUCUGCACACAUGAUUUGGAGUCCUUGGUGGGCAUCACGGGAGCCUAUGCUGGCAAUGGAAUCCAGUACAUCAUCCCAGCUUUCUUGGCCUACUGUAGUCGGAAGGACAGUCAGCUGGUCUUCGGCAGUGGCAUAGUCAAUAACCAUCUGUCCCCUUUCCGGCACAUCUUCUGGAUCUGGUUUGUGCUGCUCUGGAGUCUUUUCUGCUUUGUGUUUGUAACUGCAAAUAUCAUCCUGAGCGAGACAAAACUCUGAUGAUGGGGCAGCGGCAUUCUUCAUCCAGGGCUCUGGAGGAGAUUCCAGGAUUUCAAUUCCUUUUUCAGACUCCGUUUACAAAAACCCAACAACCUGCUCUUCGCAAGCAAUCAGCUUGUUGAUGCAGGUUUAAUCUGGACGUCAGGACUUUUUAUCCUCUCUUCACCUUGGGUGCUGAUGUAACUUGCUCAACCUCCUUUUGAUUCUGGUUCUCAAACUGAACAUGUGAAGGGUUGGGAACUCUCAGAAGGCCUUCAUGGUUAUACAGUGUCUGACCGUUUCUGCCUUGAGUUGGGGAAGCUCCAUGACAGAGCAUCUUCCUCUCUGUCCAGGAGCAGCCUCCUUAUAGUGCUGCAGGUUUCGGCACAUGGAAGGCUGUCUGGCCUGCAUCUGCUCCCCAUGAGAGCUGGACAAAUAUCUCUGCCAGAGACAGGGAACUGUUAUAACUGCUAACACAAUCCAACAGUAGUUCUCUGGAGUGAUCUGCUUACCUCUCACCAAGGAAGUAGCAGACUUUUUUGGUUCUGUUAAAGAUUUUCAAGUGCACAGUGAGGGAGCCGGUUAACUAGGGAUGACAACUGGUGGCAUGUCUGGAGGAUGAGUCAGGAAACUGUAGAAAGCAAUGGGCUUCUAUGUGGUUACUAUGACUGGUCCUGUUACAAAUCUUUCUCACGGUUUCUCCAUUUCUGUUACUACCUUUUGAGAAACCAUUGGCCUUUUGUUUUA